CUUUUCCGGAUACUUCCUAGUACAAUAUUUUUAUACUAUGAUUGUUGUCAGCAUGCAGUUCCUCACCAUAUCGAGUUCAGGGCAAGAAGUCAGAUUUCGAGUGAAAGGAGCAAUAUUCAUUAUUACCGUUAUAUCUCAACUGUCAUUUUCCUGUAUUCCUGUCAGCCUUCUCCAGGAUGAGUCUGAAGAAUCGAAUAACGCUAUCUAUGAAUGCCAAUGGGAGGAGAACACAGAAGAUUUCAAGAAAAAAAUGAAUUUAAUAAUGAUGAGGUCGCAGAGUAGAAUUUCAGUGACAGCUGGAGGAUUAUUCGAAAUGGAUCGUAUGGCAUACUUAAAUGUCUGCAGAUCAACUUGGUCGAUUUAUACAUUAUUGAAUACACUGCAACCAUAGUUGUGGAAUUCUGGGAAAUGAGAACACUAUAAGAUUCACAGCACCGUAUUGUAGGCUAUACAGGGUGUCCCAAAAUUACAUAGGAAGAUUUCAAACACAGAUUCUAGGAACAAAAAUAAUGAAAAAAGUUCAUAUAUAA